AUGGCGGAGGGCGGCGCGGCGGAGCUGGACGGGCAGCGCGCCGACAUCGCCGCGCUCCUCAAAACGGCGCUCCGGAAGGGGGACACCUGGUAUCUUGUGGAUAGUCGCUGGUUCAAACAGUGGAAAAAAUAUGUUGGGUUUGACAGCUGGGAUAAAUACCAGAUGGGAGAUCAGAAUGUGUAUCCUGGUCCCAUUGAUAACUCUGGACUUCUCAAAGGUUAUUUAGUAUUGUGUUCCUAUAAUGGUGAUGCUCAGGCCCUUAAGGAGCAUCUCAUUGAUGAGUUGGAUUACAUUUUACUGCCAACUGAAGGCUGGAACAAGCUGGUCAGCUGGUACACAUUGAUGGUGGGUCAGGAGCCAAUAGCCCGCAAGGUGGUCGAACAGGGUAUGUUUGUAAAGCACUGCAAGGUAGAAGUAUAUCUAACAGAAUUAAAGCUGUGUGAAAAUGGAAAUAUGAACAAUGUGGUAACACGAAGAUUUAGCAAAGCUGAUACAAUAGAUACAAUUGAAAAAGAAAUUAGAAAAAUCUUCAAUAUUCCAGAUGAAAAAGAGACCAGAUUGUGGAACAAAUACAUGAGCAAUACAUUUGAACCAUUGAAUAAGCCAGACAGCACCAUUCAGGAUGCCGGGUUAUAUCAAGGACAGGUGCUGGUGAUAGAGCAGAAAAAUGAAGAUGGAACGUGGCCCAGGGGUUGUUCUACGCCCAAGUCCCCAGGUGCAUCCAAUUUUUCAACUUUACCAAAGAUCUCUCCUUCAUCUCUAUCAAAUAAUUAUAACAACAUCAACAACAGAAAUGUGAAAAACUCAAACUAUUGCCUCCCAGCGUACACUGCUUAUAAGAACUACGAUUACACAGAGCCAGGAAGGAACAAUGAACAGCCCGGCCUCUGUGGCCUAAGUAACUUGGGAAAUACGUGUUUCAUGAACUCAGCUAUCCAGUGCUUGAGCAACACCCCUCCACUUACAGAAUACUUCCUCAAUGACAAAUAUCAGGAAGAAUUGAAUUUUGACAAUCCCUUAGGAAUGAGAGGUGAAAUAGCUAAGUCGUAUGCUGAACUCAUCAAGCAGAUGUGGUCGGGAAAAUACAGUUACGUCACUCCAAGGGCAUUUAAGACCCAGGUAGGACGAUUCGCACCUCAGUUCUCCGGCUAUCAGCAGCAAGAUUGUCAGGAGUUGUUAGCUUUCCUCUUGGACGGCUUACAUGAAGAUUUGAAUCGAAUUAGGAAAAAGCCGUACAUUCAACUGAAGGAUGCUGACGGCAGGCCUGACAAGGUGGUUGCUGAGGAAGCCUGGGAAAAUCACUUAAAAAGAAAUGAUUCUAUCAUAGUGGAUAUAUUUCAUGGCCUUUUUAAAUCCACCCUAGUGUGUCCCGAAUGUGCUAAGAUUUCUGUCACAUUUGAUCCCUUCUGCUACUUGACGCUUCCAUUGCCCAUGAAGAAAGAGCGGAGCUUGGAAGUUUAUCUGGUUAGAAUGGAUCCACUUGCCAAACCUAUGCAGUACAAAGUAGUAGUCCCCAAAAUUGGAAAUAUACUAGAUCUUUGCACAGCACUGUCCACUUUGUCUGGGGUCGCUGCAGAUAAGAUGAUAGUUACAGAUAUCUACAACCACAGGUUUCACCGGAUAUUUGCCAUGGAUGAAAACCUUAGUAGUAUUAUGGAACGUGAUGAUAUUUAUGUGUUUGAAAUAACCCUCAACAGAACGGAGGAUACAGACCAAGUCAUCAUUCCGGUUUGCUUAAGGGAAAAGUUCAGGCACACAGGCUACAGCCAUCACAGCGGCUCUUCACUGUUUGGGCAGCCUUUCCUUAUGGCAGUGCCCCGAAGCAAUACUGAAGAUAAACUCUACAAUCUUCUGCUCUUGAGGAUGUGCCGCUAUGUGAAAAUGUCGACCGAAAGCGAAGAAUCGGAAGGACCGCUCCAUUGCUGUAAGGACCACGGUAUCAAUGGCAAUGGCCCCAAUGGCAUCCACGAGGAAGGCUCCCCGAGUGAAAUGGAAACAGACGAACCAGACGAUGAAUCCAGCCAGGAUCAAGAGCUCCCCUCAGAAAAUGAAAACAGUCAAUCAGAAGAUUCAGUGGGGGGAGAUAAUGAUUCUGAGAAUGGAUUAAGUACUGAGGAGACUUGCAAAGGUCAACUUCUCACGGGACACAAAAAGCGACUGUUUACAUUCCAGUUCAACAACUUAGGCAAUACAGACAUCAACUACAUCAAAGAUGAUACCAGGCAUAUUAGAUUUGAUGAUCGACAGCUCAGGCUAGAUGAAAGAUCUUUUCUUGCUUUGGAUUGGGAUCCUGAAUUGAAAAAAAGAUAUUUUGAUGAUAAUGCAGCUGAGGAUUUUGAAAAACAUGAAAGCGUGGAAUAUAAACCUCCGAAAAAACCCUUUGUGAAAUUAAAAGAUUGCAUUGAACUUUUCACCACGAAAGAAAAACUAGGUGCUGAAGAUCCCUGGUACUGUCCAAACUGUAAAGAGCAUCAGCAAGCUACGAAAAAAUUAGAUCUGUGGUCUCUGCCUCCGGUGCUAGUGGUCCAUCUAAAGCGUUUUUCUUACAGCAGAUACAUGAGGGACAAAUUGGACACCUUAGUCGAUUUUCCUAUUGCUGAUUUGGACAUGUCCGAAUUCCUUAUUAAUCCAAAUGCAGGGCCCUGCCGCUACAAUUUGAUCGCUGUGUCCAACCACUAUGGAGGGAUGGGAGGAGGACACUAUACUGCUUUUGCGAAAAAUAAAGAUGAUGGAAAGUGGUACUAUUUUGAUGAUAGUAGUGUCUCAACUGCAUCUGAAGACCAAAUCGUGUCGAAAGCCGCGUACGUGCUCUUCUACCAGAGGCAGGACACUUUCAGCGGGACGGGCUUUUUCCCUCUCGAUCGAGAAGCCAACCAAGGGGCCUCGGCCUCCACGGGCAGCCCGCUGGAGAGGGACGAAGACAGCAACGAGAACGACGUGGACAAUGAACACUGUAUGCACACUAACUGACGGAGGCCCCCGAAGCCGGAGCGCCAGAGACAGACAGGCGGACGGCCAGAGACGUCCCCCCUCGCUGAAACCGUGACGUGACCCGCCGCCACGUUCCACCCGGAGUCUGAGAUGGGGAGUUUUCGGAUCACAGAAUGUAAAUUCUUUAUCAGAUUUUAACUCGUGCAGUACUUGAAGUGAAACACAAUGAGAACCCUAACAGCAACCGUCUCUUACUACAUUUACCGUCUUGUAUCCACAAGCUAAAUAUAUAUAGGAAAUCACAAAUAAACCCCUUUUAAGUUUUGCUGCUGUUCCGAUGAAUUACGUUUUCUUUAAUUGUUUCGGAUGUGAGUUACUUGAUGAACAGAGAUGUUAAAUUUGUGGAUGUUGGUCAUUUAUUUUUGCUCUGUCAACGUGGCAAGGAAACUACUGCUGAACCUAGUCUGGGGAUGAUUUUCCUCGUGUGUGUUAGGCUGCCGUAUACCUAUCGCUAGGAGUCAGCGUGGCGUUAAGCACUGCAGUAGUGUUCUUGGAAAUCCGAUUUUCACGUUUAUCCCGGGUGAUCAGUGCCGGCCCGAUUGAAAACGGAAUCACGAGAGAAGACGUGAUCCCCGGAAGGGGAUUUCAGCCUUCUGUGGAAUCGUCCGACGCCCAGCUGACGGGAGGCGUUUGCCGUCUGCUGCCGCAGCGGGAUCGAUUCUAGAUUUCCCACCCUGCCUAAAGAGCCAUCCUCUUUCCAUUAAGUAGCGGUGUCCGUCUUGGCGGUGAGAUCUACCCCUUCCUUGGACAGGGAGACCAAGAAAUAGUUCACCUUGAUCCGCGGUCGGUCGGGGCCCCAUUUGGAAUCGAUGCAGUUUUUCCCGAUCCCGAUUUCGAGCUCUCCCGACUGCCACGGAAAGGGUCAGACAAACUAAAAUUCUCUAUCCCAGGCGAUAACUGCGCAUCGAGCUUAGGUGAGUUCUCUGUUGGGUUUGUUUCUCGUUUGUUUUUCUCCGCAUAACUUGGGUGGCCUUUAGGUCGUUAGCGAACGAUGGGUUUUAAAGGUCGGUCCGUUCAUUUUCUUUGUGUGUUCCUGAUGGAAUUCACCAUAGCCUUACAGCUUUUCUCAGAAGGUAACUUGUUCUAAGAGAUUUGGCAUUUGCAUGUUCCGGAGUUGCAACCUGUACAGUAUAUAAAAGCAUACAAACCUUGAAUUUGAUCUGAGUGAACCACAUUCAAGGAUCCAAGGAUGCCAAAAAUAAGUGUGAACGUUGGAAACAUUUUUAAUUUGCUGCUUUCUCUUUGAUCUAGUUGGAAGAAUGUAUUGUUCAUUGGCAGACGAUACUGCCUUUAUAGGAGCUCUUUAAGUGCUGGGGCACACUUCACAUAUUUACUACCUGAUGAAUUGCUUUGUGUCCCAUUAUUAUUGAAGCAAAAAGUAUGAUGUUCUUCACUUGAACUAAUCGAAUACAAUAGGUUAUAAAUUGUGUAUUGUAAAUAAAAGUUCACUCUGUGAGUGCACAUUUUGGUAAAUUAUUUAUUUAUGUUAGCGUUAAAAAUUAAAAAGGAGAAAAAAAAAAAAGAUGCAUUUGACCAGGAUAAACGAGGUAUGUUGACAUGGCUUUGCUUAAUACCUUGAUAUUAAAAGCUGGUGUUUCAUCCUGGUAUUUUAAAGCUGCUUUUUUGGUUUGAUUUUUUUUUUUUUAUGUAAACCUCCUGCAUGUCAGAGGUUAAAAUUUUGUCUGCACUUGAGUUCACUUGAGUUUACAUUUGAAAUGUGCAUGUUUAUUUAUACAGAUUUCAAUAAA